AGUUGAUUAACAUUGUUUCAAUUCUUGUUUGCCAUCUGGGACGUCACCACCUUCAAAAAGCUACAGAGAAUCAGUAAGCACCACAGGAUCAAGGACAAAGAUACGCUUGUUUAAAAGUAAAAUAAAACCUGGUUUGUUUUAGUUUCAGUCCCUCUACAGUUUAAUUUUCAAAUUGUUCCUCGUGUUAUUUAUUGAUUUUUUCUGUAAAGGCAAUGUCACUGACCGCAGGGACAGAGCCCUGUGCAUGUGCUGGAUUAACUUUGUGGUCCCCUGAGAGCAAACACUUUCCACAAACUAUGUGCAAGUAACUGAAGGAACUAAAGGUCCAUAAGUAGAAGAAACCAAACUUUUACCUAUUUUAAAACAGGUUAAGUAGAAAUCGGUUUGUUUGUGUCCAUCAUGUGUACGGGAAAGUGCGCCAAAUGCACCGGAGAUCUUCUGUUUCCAUUGGGUCUCUUAUCAAUAGUCGCCAACAUCUUGCUGUUUUUUCCCAACGGUGAGGUGUGGAGGACGGAGGAAAUCACAGAAAAGAUUUGGUUUUUCCCUGGAGUUAUCGGCAGUGGACUCUUGGUGUUUUUGCCUGCUUCAGUGAUGCGAGCAGCAGGGGUGGAUGGGAACUGCUGUGCAAACAGAUGUGGGAUGAUGGUGUCUAUGCUGAUGUCUGCAUUGGGUGGAGCUGGAGCGGUGUACUGUAUGAUCGUCUCUGCCAUUGGUUUGCAGGAUGGUCCUCUGUGUGACACUGGAGAUGGGAUCUUUAUCUACCCCUUUAUAAACCGGACUACAGAAUCCUCAUUUCAUGUUGCUGCAUACCACUUGGAUUAUCGUCUCUCGUCGUCGUGUUGGGAUCCGUGUUCGUGUUGUCGUCUCCGUAAGGAUCUGACCAUCAUGGAAGCAGCAGGCGAUCGCUCCCCAUCUCAUCUGGAGGAGUUCUUGCAACGCACCGUGGGUCGUAUGGAUCGUCAAGAAAAGGCGAUAGAUGAGAUGGGUCGAGCUUUCCAAGCGAUGGUGACGAAGGUUUCCGAGCUCGCUCUCCAGGCUCAACAACAUCAUCCACCGCCGCCCACUGCGCCCCCCACGCCACCCACACCGCCGAUCACCACUGGGGGUUCUCCCCAGUCCGAGCCACGCCUCCCCAUUCCUGAGAAAUAUGCGGGUGAGCCAAAAUUUUGUCGAUCAUUUCUUUCUCAUUGUUCUCUGCACUUCGCCUUGCAGCCCCGUACGUUCACCACCGAGGAGAUGAAGGUGGCGUUCGUUCUCUCCCUACUCACGGGGAAGGCUGCCCUCUGGGGGACGGCGGUGUGGGAGAACCAAGAUCGCUGCUGUGCUUCGUUCCACGCCCUUUCGGAGGAGAUGAGACGGGUCUUCGACCGCUCCGUCGCCGGGAGGGAGGCGGCCAGGCUGCUAGCGGACCUACGGCAGGAGGAUAGGUCCGUAUCAGAUUAUUCCAUCGAGUUCCGCACCCUGGCGGCGGAGUGUAAGUGGAACGAAGAGGCGCAGUGGGAUCAUUUCCUGCAUGGGUUGGCUGAUCGCAUCCAACAGGAGAUUCGAGCCGUGGAACUUCCCUCUUCACUCAAUGGUUUAAUCGAUCUCACUAUCCGGAUUGACAAUCGGCUAGACCAAGCAGCCAGACGGAGGGGGAGGACCACUCGCACAACCAGUCCGGAGGUUCAGCAUCGGCGGCCAGAGGUUGCGGUCAGCCCACCUGGAGAUCUGGAACCCAUGCAGGCGGAGAUCCCUUGGACUGUGUUUAUACUGUGGCAGCCCAGAACAUCACAUCCAGCGCUGCCCAGUAAAAGAUCAAGCCCGAUAGUAAAUCUGAGGCUACUAUCGGGUGGGAUCUCUGCCAGGAAGACCUCAUCAACAUCGACACUCCUUCCGGUGAGACUACGGUGGUCCACCCACACACUGGAUCAGCACGCUUUGGUGGAUUCUGGGGCCGAGGGUAGUUUCAUGGACUUCAACUUCGCACGUAAGAUCAAGAUUCCUCUCACCUCCCUCAAACACCCCAUUGCACCUUUUGCACUUGAUGGACACAAGCUUCCAGUCAUCACUCAGACCACCAUUCCUGUUUCACUCAUCACAUCUGGUAAUCAUACGGAGAAGAUUUCAUUCCUCAUCACAGACUCACCUCAGACUCCUAUUGUUCUCGGUCACACUUGGCUCCAUAAACACAACCCCAGGAUUGAUUGGCGUCUCGGAUCUGUGGUUAGCUGGAGCGAGGAGUGUCAUUUGUCUUGUCUUUUGUCUGCUGGUGUUAAUGUUUCUGAGUCUGUGUUUCAGGGGGAAGCAGUGGAUUUGACUAACGUGCCCGCGGAGUACCACGACCUGAAGGAGGUGUUCAAUCCUCAUUUCAUGUUGCUGCAUACCACUUGGAUUAUCGUCUCUCGUCGUCGUGUUGGGAUCCGUGUUCGUGUUGUCGUCUCCGUGUGAGUGUUUGGUUCGUUCCUGGUUUCAUCCAUUGGCCAUCAUCACACUCUUCACCGACUUCACGCUUCAACACUCCUCACGCCACCGUAGACCUUCGAUCACCAUUGCCAACAUCCUGGACUCAGUCACUUUCUCUGUUGUUUCACUGUAUUUACCAUCAUUCAUAAUAAACCUGUGUUGAUCGCCUGCGCUUGCUUCCUCCACUUUAUUGUAUUAACUAAGAAUAAUUGUCAGCUUUAUAAUUGUUAAUAUUCUGAAAUAAGACUGUCUCGAUGACGUAUACCACCUACACAUGCAACCUUGGGAGGCUUCAGCUAGCGGCCAGCGUGAGUGUAGUCUGAAAGCGCGAAAGGCGAGCUUGAAUUUCAGGAAUGUCCCUCGUCUGCGAAUAUAUUUCAAAGAUGGAGGCACAACAUGGAUGCGCCAGUCGAGCGACUUGACCGUAUGUAUUUUAAAUAGCAGAUUCUACACUUACGAGACUACUUUGAUUAAUGGGUGGAAGUAAUUACACAUGAAUGAGCACAUACUUUUGAAAGAACACAUGGGUUUUUGCUAAGAAUUAACUCAAAAAAGUACACAGUGGAGCUUUAAAGGCCUAGUUUGUCUGAAAUGUAUUAAGCCCUUUUUAAACAGAGAUUACGGAAAAUGCAUCCAGGAUUUUUCCGGGAUUGUUUGAUUUUUGGUUCAUUCACACUGCCAAUGAUUUUACAGAAUCUGUGCGUGCAAUUACACACAUGCCGUAACCCAGAUAGCAAAAAAUAUCCGCAUGGCUUCUUUAUGCCGCCAGCCCCAAGCUUUCGGCUAUAGGUGCAUCCCGCUGGCGGGGAUGAAACUUUUGCCGUCGAAUACGUCACUCUCAUUUGUUGCGAGAUGCCGCCAGCAUGCAGCCGGGAGACCGACUGCUUAAUUUAUGCAAAAGCGGCUGCCGCGGCGGUCCGCCGUCAGACCUGUUUGCGAUUACGCCCUUAUGACGCUUACUGCCGCCAGAGCACCGCCGGUGGUCCGCCGACUCAUUGCUAUCUGGGAAAGAUCUCGUAAAGACGUGAUGUAUUUAAAGUCCUACACUUGGUAGGUUCUUUCCACGCAUCUGAAGUUGACUAAUUAUCCGUGAUUUUUGCAUUUUAGUUUAUGACAAGAUCAUAAGGAGCGUGUGAUGCGCUGUUCUGUCAUGCUGGUGAAUGAUGUGACGAGUGAGGAGCUCCCUGAUCUCUGCUUCAGUCCAGUUUGCUGACAUUUCUUGUCACGAAUGUUGAUCUGUGUUUAAAUCCCUGUGUCAAAGAGCUGAAUAACGUCUAGUUGUAAUGACACGUGCGUCCUCACUACGGCACACCCCUUAUUGCAUUGUUUCUACCUCUUGGUCACAGAGAAUGAUUUCUGUGAAUGUUAUGCAAUGUUUCUAAGUCCUCUUUAAGGGAGCGAUCCCAGAACAUUUACAGGAUGUGUUUGUGGUCACACAGAAGCCUCGCUGACAUUUUUAUGGACAUUUUCUGGGACCAAAGUGCUGUGUGAAUGGGGUUUUAGAGAAAAGAAGGUGACAGGCUAAUCUAGUAAAUGUGUUGGGAAAGCAGUUAGGCAGUAAGGGUUUAGGAUGAUUUUUUUUCUCAGCAUCCAGAGAUCGGUCCAUAUUGGAUCACUAUUACAUGAAAGCCAACAUGUUAAAGCUACAGUACACAAAGCACUUAAAAUCAUCAUAAAAGUCAUCCAAAUAGUGGCUUAAUGUAUCAAUAAAAAUUAAAUAAUCGGUGUGUAUGACAAACAGGAGCUGCAUCUCAUUUUGAAGGUUGCGUCCUUCGUCAUUUGUCGCAUUUUCAGCCGAAAUUUAUUAUUUUAAGUUUUUAUUUUAGAAGACUUUGAAAAAGCUAUUUUUAAAGACUUGUUAUUGUUGUGUUUCUUC